AGGAGAUCUAUAGAUGCAUCUUUUUAUUCAUAUAGUAUUGUUGGUAGUUAUCGGAAGCGUGGCCAGAUAGCAUUUCAGAGGAACUGAAAUUCAAAUUUCAUUUCAAAAGAGUAGGCCUGCACAACCCAGCCUAUGACAGCGUCUACAUGAAACUUCACAGUACCCCCUGGCCGCCGCUCUUAUGGUAAUACGAUCCGGCUUGUGACACUCAACAUGCAGAAUGUAUCUCUGUCUUUCGGAGUGUUCUGCGUGCUGCUCAUAGCACAUGCUUUUGCCGUACGAUUCCAGCGGCAGUCGGACGAUUACCGUCCCAUUAUUCAGUUGUUCCAAUGGUCGUGGAAAGAUGUCGCUCGCUUGUGUUCCGAGCAUCUGCAAAGUGUAUCCGGAAUGGUGGUUUUGCAGGUCAGCACACCACAGCCGCACCGCAUUAUCGACUAGCCGCUGCGGGAUCGCAGGGUGAAGCGGCCCUGGUGGGAGCGCUACCAACCGACCGGUCUCUAUAUUGGCCGAACCCGGUCGGGCUCAGCCGAGGAAUUCCGCGAAACGACUGCAACAUGCAAUCGCUCCGGCAUUUCCAUCUACGCCGAAGUCGUCCUUAAUCAUCUGGUCGCAGUGGAUGCCGGACUGGGGCGGGAUAGUAACAGGGUGUGGUAUUUCGUCAAUGAAGAGCAGCGAUCAAUGAAAGUGAAUGGGAAUAAACUAGUUCGUACCCUGAUCACCAGCAGCGAAGUCUGCUCAUCCACCCAGGAUGGCAAUACUGCCGCCGAAUGCCAUCCUACCACGCCGUACACCUUUUCUGAUGCGCCGGUACUUAAACUAGACUUGACGAAGGACGAAGUGAAGCAGCAGAUAGCGGACUUCAUUGUCAGCUUGGGACAGUACGGAGUUGUUGGGAUAUCGGUGAUGUCCGCCAGUUUAUCUAACAUUGAUCAGUUACGAGCGGCCAUUGAAGAGAAAUCGUCUUCAAGCAACAGUUCUCUCAUGGAGAACAUGUUUGUUUAUUUUGAGAUCCGCAGCGAAGCAGCAGAACCAGAUUUCAGUACGCCAGAGCCUGACCUGACCUAUUUCAGUCCGCGAUUGGCCGCUCAUACCCGCUCGAUUCUGUCCAACGGUUACGACAAUGAAGCCGGGUUCAGCUUUGGCAACUCCACCCUGGGAGUUUUGAACAUGACGUUCUUAUUUAGGAGUUAUCUUUUCUACGAAACGCGCCUGACAUUUGGUCAGUUUAAAAUUCUCGCCUACGAACACCACGAGGUUACCCACAGCGACCGUUACACCGCAUGGGGUUAUCCGGUGUUCGAGGCGAUGGACCGAGCCGACGAAGUUACUGCCACACUGCUGCUGCUCUUAACGACUCCUCACUUAGGUAUCCCUAGAAUCAUAUGGGAUUACUCGACAACGGAUGCCACAGCGCACUGGCAAGGACCACCGACAUACGGGAAUCGAUCGGCAGUGUCGGUAUUUGAUUCUCCCCCUUCGGAUGCCGCUGCUCAAUGGGAUCACUACUUUCCUGGGGGGUGGAAUGAGUGGAUUAUCCCAGUUUUGAGAUUUCGUGCUGAAGCUCUAACAAAUUUCACAAAUCCAUUUGGCUUUUCCCACUACGGUUGGCUGGCUGAAGGACAAUCACCUGGUGCAACACCAUUAGUCGCGUUUACGAUGACCUUCGACCAGUACCGCAAGCCGUAUGGGUCCACGGAUGAAGCCGAUCUCAUAGAACAGUGCAACGUGGCAGUUCUCUUGGUGCCGGUCAAAGACCAGUCGCCUUUUCCAAACCCCCGGUCAAUACACAGCGGAGUGGAAUAUGUGAUAGGCUGGGAAGUCCCUUCGAUUUACACUUAUUGAACACGACAGUGAGCGAUCACUUCAGUGCCUAACAUGCCAUCAGUACCCUAUGACACUUAUACAGUCACAUUAAAAUUGACGUCGCGGAACACGGACAGGUGGCCAUUUUUGCUGUUUUCUGCUCCUGCAACUGGUCGAAUAGCUUGUUAUUAAGAAUCCUAAUGAUUAUACGUACAUAAUUGCGUAGUCGUCUUUGUGCACACGUGGUCAAGAGGAACACCGCAAAAAAAUCACGGAAAUCUUCGGAGCAAAGAAUGACGAUGAGUUGUGGCGGGUGCAGGAAGUGUCCCAGUUGGAUGUGCAUCAACUUACCAGUGUGGCUGGGAGCCCGGGAUGGCUCUGAACCACGGCAACGCUCUUCUUGCCUCUACUCUUAGUACUGUGAAUAUGUGUUUGCGGCUCUCACCCAUGGUCAGAUACCGAUUUUUCACAUGCAUUUAGUUUUCUUGUUAUAACGGAUGCGGUUUUUAACGACUGUAUACUGCUUCCUAGUUCUUUCGAGAUAUUAAAACAAUA